AUGGCCAACUUCGAGAAGCAGGCCACGUUUGCGGCCGUGGACACCUCGCACAUGUACAGGCUGCGCCCCAAAUUUGUGCGAAAGGGGCUUGACGAGAUCCUUGAAAUCAUUGACAGGGGCGACCUUAAACCGGUCCAUCCUGUGACGACCUAUCACAUGAGCCAGCUCGAGGACGCGUUCCGUCUGAUAGCCGCGCGUAAGCACGUGGGAAAGCUGGUGCUGGUCGCAGACGAGGACACGAUGGUACAGGCGCCCAGACCAAAGCCCGAACCACUGAAGCUCCGAGAAGACGGAACCUACGUUAUCGGUGGUGCCUUGGGCGAUCUGGGCAUGAGGAUGAGCCACUUGCUUGCCGAACGAGGAGCAGGCCACAUCGUGACUCUUUCACGCCGGAAUGUUGAUGCUGCCGAGCAGACGUCGUUGAAGCUGGGUAUCGGCAAGCUUGGAGCCCAACUGCAUAUCGUCAGGUGCGAUAUUGGUGACGAGGCAAGUGUCCGGUCCGCAGCCAAGGAGAUGGCUGACCUCAACCUCCCCGCCGUGCGAGGUAUCAUCCAGAGCGCCCUGUUGCUCCGUGACCAUCCCUUGGAGUACUUGCCGCUCGUUGAUUGGAACACUGCCAUGAAACCAAAGGUCCAGGGUACCCUAAACAUGCACAGUGUCUUUUGCAGCCCUCAAGACACAGACUUUUUCGUCAUGUUGUCUUCGAUUGCUAGCAUCGUCGGGGCGGGAUCACAAGCUACACAACAAUCAACGUCGGCGCCGUCGAGGGCUCGGAGCAGAUCAAGCGGGGCGCUCGAGCUCAACAGCGAUGUGGAGCGCAUUGUUGGCUCCGUGUCGUUUGACGAGGUGUUUGCCACGCUUGAGUACGCCAUGGCGCCGAAACAAGAUAACGAACCACCCAGGCCACCUCAGUGCAUCAUGACCUUCGACCGUGAUUCCAUGGAGGCUGCCAUGGGCGAGUCUGCACUCGACGACCACCUGUUCGACCACGUUCCCAGCCAGAGGAAGCUGGAAAACUCCCUCGGCGGCGGUAGUGGAGGCUCAGCCAAUGCGAGCCAGCGCGCAAGCCCAUCACAGGCCGUCGAGCGAGUCGGGACGAUCGACGAGGCAGAGGAAAUCGUCAGCCAGGGAGUGGCCGCCAAGUUUACCGCCUUCAUAGGAGAUGAGGUGCCAGACGACCAGACCGUUGCGUCUCUGGGGCUGGACUCGCUUGUGUCGAUCGAAAUCAAGAACUGGGUCAAGCACACCUUCAAGGCCUCGCUCCAGACGUCGGAGAUGAGCAAUGCUUCUAGCAUCAAGUCUCUCGCCAAGCUCAUCGUGUCGCGGAUGGACCUCAAGGGCAAGCCCGGUGGUAGACGGGACCAACAACAGCAUGUGACGAAAGAGGCCAAGCCUGGCACAGCAUCAAAGCCGUCGCCCAAAUCCGACUCUAAGCCGAACCACGACGACAAUGUUCCUAGCACCACAAAUGCCCGAAAGUCGGAUGCCACCACUCCACACGGUCUCUCUUGCUGCAAGCACUCAACCGAAGUACUCGCCCAGCACCUGCCCGACCUGGACGACGCGCUGGACCACCUCCUCGAGACAAGCGGGCACCUCUACAGUGAGGACAAGCUCGCCAUAAUCCAGCAAGGCAUCUCGGUCCUCCGGCCCGCCGACAUCCCGAUCCGCCGCGCCCUCUGGGAGUGGACCGCGGCGAACCCGUCCCUAGAUGGGCUGAUCAACGGGUGGUACAACGACACCAUGACGGACGCCCGGUGGAUGAGCAACCGCGUGCCGCUGGCGCCGUACCAGCCAAACAUGGCUACGCAACGCGACAGCAAGACUCCACAGUCGCAGGCCGAGCGGGCCGCCCUCAUCGCGUCGGCGGCCGUCGAGUUGAAGCUUGCCGCGGACGGCGAACGCGAGGGCGGCGCCGCCAUCGAGCCGGUGUGGAUCGCCGGCCGGCCCGCGUGCAACUCGCGGCAGGUCUACCUCUUCAACACUGUGCGCGAGCCAGGCGUCGGCAAGGACAGGCUGGUGACGUACCCUGGGAACGACCACAUCGCCGUGCUGAGGAGAGGCCGCGUGUUCAAGGUGACGCUGCGGGGAGAGGACUGCUCGGCGGCGUCGGUGGAGAAGCUCAGGCUCACAUUCGCGGCGAUUUCGGACGGGAGGGACGCGUGGGCCCAGACGCGGGCGAGGCUGGCGGCGUCGAGUGUUGCCAACGCCGAGUACCUGCGCGUGAUCGAGUCGGCGCUGUUCGUGCUUAGCCUCGAUGACGGGUGCCUUGAGACGUCCGAGGAGCGGGCGCGGGAUGGCUACGUUGGCGACGGUGCUAAUCGCUGGUUCGACAAGACUCUUCAGUAUUUCGUCAGUGGCAAUGGCCGUUCUGGCUUGAUCACCGAGCAUGAAGCCUUCAACCCAGCGCAUCUGUCUGAAAUGAUUGCCAAGGCUAUCGAUGACUAUUCUGAUGGUGAGGCGACUCCCCACAGUCUGGUCAACGGGAACGGGCCUGCUAUCAGCAAUGUUAACCUCGAGAAGGUCGUUCUGGAGACCACCAGCGGGGACAAAACUCACAUCGAGCUGCUUAGGGUCCGCUUCCUCGAGAACACCUCAAGGGGGGCAUACGCCGUCGAGAACUUGACCGAGUUCGGCAUCGACUUCCUGCUGCAAGCCAACAUGCCCGUCAAGCAGAUCGUCGACCUGACCUUCCAGCUCGGCGUGCACCUCCUGGUCGGGCGAAACCUUCCCACGUGGGAGUCGGUCAGCGUGGCCCAUUUCCACAAGGGCAGGAACGAAGUCAUCCAACGCGCCCCGCCGGCGGUCGCCGCCUUUUGCGCUGCCGCAGCGGAGUCAUCGACAGCGAGCGGCAGUAACAACCCCGAGCUGAUGUCCCUCCUGCAAACAGCCAUCAAGCAGAUGCACGCCGAUGUGCAGGGCGCGCUGCGCGGCCAGCGCAGCCACGUGCGGUACCUGGAGCUGCUCAACUGGCUGUGGCCGUCCGACACCGGCGUUCCCAAGCCGCAGCUUCUGAGCGCCGAGCUAUUCAAUGGCAGUCCCUACAUCCACGCACAGGUCAACGCGCUCGAGACGGAGAUGGUCAUUGACGAUUUUGUCAAGUUCUUCCACGGUAACCUCGACGGUUUCUGGUCCAUCAUGACGCCGAGAAAAGACUCGAUCCGCAUAUCUCUCACCAGCGGCUCCAGGGAGCGCGUACAGGGUCUCGUCGAGCAGUUGUACCGUGCUGCGGGCGUCGUAUGCGGGAUCAUUCAGGCUUCGCGGGGGCCUCAGAAGUAG